AUGAAUGAAACGAAUAGACUUUCAGAGUGGGAGCGUCAAGAGGUCGAACGAAAAAGGUUAGAAGCUCUUAGUCGACGUCAGCGUAGUAUCGGAUCCGCGCAACCGUCUAAUACCAAAUCAUUUCCAUCAAAUGUUGUUUACCAGGAUAAUCGACUUCAGCAAAGGGUCGGUAAUCAGCUAAGACAUCCUCCCACGGGACAUUCCUUUAACCCUCAACCGAAAACCGCCUUCAAUACUGCUUCCCAAAAGCGUCUAGGUGCUCCACUGCCUCAGACUGCAGCGCCUCCUUCGAAGCGCCUCCUUCUCUCUAAGCGACCCAAGUUUAAGGUUUCCUGUGUCCUCGUUGAUCGUGACCACUUUGAGGUACAGGCCAAUUAUCACGCAGGUCUCAUGAUUGUUUUCAAGGCGCUACCCUCUCGACAAUACGAUAGCACGAGCAGAAAAUGGCGUUUCCUCCUAUCCGACUACAGGGAAUUCCGUAAGUUUCGCUCUCUUUCUCUCACCGAUUGUUGCGUAGUCAAGAAGGCUGCAGCCAUUGACGACAUUCAGCUAGAGGGCCUCUCUAGUGCCGUUGUCUCGACAUUCAGGCAAAAGAUUGAUGGUAUAAAACCGCCAAAGGAGGCAGAAGUUAGACUGGAAGAGAGGUUACCCAAAGAACUCAUUGGUUCAUUGAUGAACUUUCAACGCGAUGGUGUAAGCCUAGCUCUUAAUCGAAAUGGGCGAAUUCUAUUGGCGGACGACAUGGGCCUGGGCAAAACCCUCCAGGGCUUGGCCAUAGCUGCGGCGUAUCGAUCCGAGUGGCCACUGCUCAUCGUGACGCCCUCGUCGGUUCGUUUCGCCUGGCGCGAACAGGCCAUUCGGUGGCUGGGGGGUCCGCUCAAUUUGAGUCGAGCUGACAUCAACGUCGUGAGUUCUGUGAGGAACUUCACGGCCGAUUCAGACGGCGUCGACUCUGACACCCUCCACCGCAAACCCAUCACCAUAUUUAGCUACGACCUCCUCUCUCGCUGUGCAGGCCAGAUGGUCCACAAUUUGUCUUUUGGAGUAGUGAUCAUGGAUGAAUCGCACUUUUUAAAAAAUAUCAAAACCUCCCGCACUAAGGCCGCCCUGCCUAUUUUAAAGGCAGCCAAGCGCGUCAUUCUGCUGACGGGUACACCGGCUCUCUCCCGGCCCGUGGAACUCUAUCCACAAAUUACCGCUGUUCAGCCAUUCCUCUUUCGGGGCGGAUUCCAUGAAUUCGGUCUGCGUUACUGUGCUGCCAAGGAGAACCCCUGGGGCUGGGACUACAGUGGAUGCUCCAAUAUGCAGGAACUUCAAAUCAUCCUGGAGGAAACCAUAAUGACACGGUGGGUAGAUCCUUUCACAAGUAGUACACAUCAACCUCGUCGCGAACACUUGUUAAAACGUGUCAAAAGCGAGGUUUUGAGCCAACUUCCGGCAAAACGGAGGGAGGUUGUGGUCUUGGAUCCCGGUUUAAUCAAGCGCUCGGCCACUUUUCAACGACACCACGACUUGAACUUGGCUGCAGUUGACCUCAAGGCCCUCGAUAGACAUGGCGACCUCCUUCGGUACUUCAUGGAAACCUGUCGCGUGAAACAACAAGCUGUAGGGCAAUACGUGUCUGACCUUCUUGAAGCGGACAGAAAAUUCAUCCUGUUUGCGCAUCACCAGGAGAUGCUUGACGCUAUGAGCAGUAUUCUUGAGUCAAAGUCCGUCGGUUACAUUCGGAUUGACGGGAAGACUCCUUCGGAACAACGAAGUGUUGUCUGCGAACGCUUCCAGACCGAGGACAACUGCAAGGUCGCUCUGCUCUCGAUCACUGCCGCCAGCACAGGUGAGGAGGCAGCAGCGACGUUUCCUGCUGCUCUUGAGCCCAGCUACUAA